GUGCCGGCAAAUAAAACAACAAACAACACGAGCAGCGUGCAAAUGCGUUCGGUCGCGUCCAGGACAAACAAGAGCGAAAAUUAAAGCAUGGCAGCCACACUGGACGGUACUGAUCCGGCAACGGCCGAAACAUGGACGAUCGACCAGGAGGAAGAAAAAAGCCUGACCAAAAUCAUCGUGCGCAACGUGAACGAUCUGACGGUUGCAGGGUUAAGGCGAAUGUGCAGCCACUACGGUACGGUGGUGGAUGUGUUUAAAAUCAAAUCUGGCGGCACUGCGUUCAUCGAAUUUUCCUCCGAUACCGAAGCAGGACUGGCAAUUCAACAACUUAAUCAGAAGCUUGGCUUCAACUACAAUGCGGAACUGGCACAACCGAAGGAAACUCUACCCUCUGUUGAGCCAGACGCUUCCGCUCCACCGCAACCGGACGAGGACUGGGAGCAGGUUAGUGCGAAGCGUCGCUUCAACGUGGGCUUUUCACUGCCCUUGCUGAUCAAUUUCCCUGAGCGGGACACGUUGGCCACGAAUGCUAACUACCGGGCGAAAGAAGGAACACUGAGACGGACCGACCCAGAGUCGUUCUUUCGCAUAUACAAAGUGUUGGAAUCGUUCGAAACCAAGAAAACACUCGAUUACAAUCCAGAGGAGCUGAGAAAGCGUGUGGAAUCGUUUCAAAAAUCAUACGCCAACGAGCAGAAUCGCUUCGACGGGGAGACGUUAGUGUACGAAGGCCUCACCGCUAAGGAGAGCGCACUGUUCGACGUUACACGCUGUGUGGUAUGUAAAGCGUACGGGUUUAGUUACUGCAAGGGCUGCAAAACGUACUAUUGCUCGGUGCAGCACCAGAGACAACACUACGACGAACACAAUCACAUUUGCAAUAAGCGAGCGGGAGGAGAAGUGGCUGCGCAAAGUGAUGCAAGUGAAGUGGGGAAAAAGGUGGAACUUGCGACCAAACCGCAGGAAGUGCUCACAAGAGAUCCUCUUCCUGAGAAGGCAAAAGUGUUUAUCACCGCAAUCCUGACGCCUGAUCGUAUUUAUGUACGUUCCGCACACCCAGCAGCCGACACGAUGUAUCUGGCAACGCUUGGUGAAUUUGCCUGCGCAGGACUUACGGCUGUGCCGGUGCAGAACAGCAAGGAACCGACGGCUGGAGACAUUUACCUCGCAAUGUACGAACCGUUGGGGGUUCACGGCAGGGUACUGGUAACGGAAGUUGGUCCGGAAAGGUCCAAGUGUGCCUUCAUUGACCAUGGAAAGGUUGAUUUCGUUAGCAAUGGCGAUCUUCUGCUGAUUGAGGACACCGAACUGAUGUACCGAAAGGUGCUGAUCUACAAGGUGUGCCUAACGGACAUAACGGACGAGCAUGGAGAGCACGAAAAAGCGAUGCAGUACUUGGCGAAGCUACGGGACCGCCCACUGCAGAUGAAGUAUCGUCUCGAGGCGAAUAAUAUCGUCGACGUGCAGCUGCAAACCCCCGAAGGAGAGAGCGUUAAUGAACAGAUCAACAGGUUGAUCAUCAUUCCUCCGUUUGGCCGUGAUUCAAACCAAUACGACAGCACCGGACGGGGAGAUGCCAAAAAUGGAGCGUUCGUUAUGUACAAGGAAAUUCCACAAUCUGAGCCGUCGUUCGGCGAAAGCAAGCAGAUUAUGAUACUGAACCGUACAACCGUACUGCUGGACAGCCGUAUCACGUGGAUAGCGAUGAGCGAUCUGCCCUACCUAGAGAAUCUGCAGCGAAUGCUCGAAUCCUACGGCAAGAAGGUUGCCGAAUUCCGUCAAUCGUACGUACCGCGCGAAGGGGAAAUGUGUUUGGUGCGGUGCCUGAACCGCUGGUACCGUGGCGUUUGCUACGAAACGGCCGGUGAUGGUAAACCGGCCAUCUUCCUUUGCGAUUACGGUUCGAUGACGCUGGUAGAUUUGUCCAACAUACGCAAAAUACCGCCCCAGCUGGCGACCAAAACGAUGCGAACCCAUGACGGCGUGGUGGAACAUUUAGCUGAGGCAAAGGCGGGCGGACUAACGCUGGAUUCAAUCUUCUUGGAUAUCUAUCUGCCCGAGAAUGAACCGAUCUGUGCGGAUUUAAGCCAGCAAACCGUCACGGUGGGGCUGCCCGGUGCGGAACAAGAGGAAACCUACACGGUGUUAAAUCUGCACGAACUUUCCGCUCUUAUAAAAUCGCGACAAGCUGAAUAACAUUGAGCAUCGGUUCGAUUUCUAAGAGGACGGUUACAUCGUCGAUAAACGGCAAAACGGUGAUUAAAAAAGCGUACAAAAAGAAGUUUAUUAGAAGAUAAGUAUAACAAAAACAAAAUUUUCAUCCAAGACAAAUGAGGCAUUACUCAUGUGAAAUAUUUGCUUUUCAAAGAUAUCAAUAAACAUUAUAUUGUUUUAUAUGAA